AUGCCGCUCAUGGAUCCCGACCAGCCAGGCCCAAUGCCCAGUCCAGCUGCUUCAGAAUCACCAACUACACCCAUUGAGUUGGGCCCAGGAUCUUCUUCGCCCUUGUCUCCAGAAAUGGGCUUCUCCCCAACUGGACCGGAUGAAGUGGUCAGCCCACUCGUCAACACCGGCCCGACAAGCACCUCCUCCCAGAUUGAUCCGCAUGGUGAGCCCACACCGGCGGGAGAGCCUCCUCGUCGCAGCAAUCGGGAGCGCUCAAGGCCCAAGUACUUGAGUGACUACGACACCACAGUCCAUGCUGCUGACUCUGUCCGUUACCCGCUGUCGGCCCAUGUCUCUUAUGCGCGCACUACUCCAACCUAUCGUGUGUUCCUUGCUGCUGUCACUCAACAUGAUGAGCCAAAAAGUUUUCAUGAAGCUAUUCAACACCCUCAAUGGCGAGAGGCCAUGAUCAGAGAGAUCAAAGCAGUAAAUCGAUUAAUCCUCGUAUAA